UUUAAACUUUAUUAUCUUAAAUGUCAAAACAGUCCCCUUGAUUUGACUUCAUGUCAAUCUACUGUAUUCAGUUUUCUUUAUGUACACGUGGUUUUCAUUGACCAAUCCCUAACUGUCUCCAUUCUAAAAUUCUGCCCCAAUUAAUGGAUAUUCCUGGCUCUUUGGAAGGAAACAUGGUUCAGGGGUGGAGGAAACAAGUUCUGUUCAAGCCUAGGAGCACUUAAUUGACUGCUUGCUACAUAGCAGGUGUUGUUACUAGGGGUGAGUGUGAAUAAUUUGGGAUUCCUACCCUCCAGGAGGAGCUUACAGACAUAUUAACAGAUGAUUACAAUUCGGCACAAGUGUUAUAAGAGAGAGAAGCACCAAAGACCCUCAGGGGAGAGGUGUGGGUGGGAAGGUCUGGGAGGGGUCCUGCAAGAUUAGGGUCUAGAAGGACCCUAGGGGAUGAAGUCAGCCUCGAAGAGGAAAAAGUGGAUCCAGAGGAUUUUUAUUUCUAGUUUUGCUAUUGCUGGGUUAGUCGAAGUGCCUCUCUUUUUGUAUCUGUAAAAUAAGAAUAAUAAUUGAUGUUAUCUGGCUUUUAAUUCUAGUUUUCAUUUACUAUUUGUUCCUCAAUUUAAUCCUUUAUAUUUUCAUUCAUUCAUUCCACAUUCAGUAGGUAUUUGUUGAGUACCCACCGUGUACUGGGAAAAUAGCACUGCAGGAAACAAGACAUGUAUGGUCCCUUAUCUCUUGGAGCUUGCAUUCUGUCAUUAUGUUAGUACCAGAAAUUCUUUUGAAAUGCUUUCAAAUAUAGGGGUAUGUCUGUUGAGUUCCUCAGUUUUGGGAACACAUUCUUCAAAUAGUCUCCGUGCUUUCAGGUCAGUUAGCUUUUCCCUCUUAGUGAAGGAGAGACAUAGACAUAGUAACCUCCCCUUCGUUUUAUAAACUGGAAAUGUUUUGCCAAGAUUUACCUGUUAGUUGUAAAGUCUAGAGACAGACACAGCUGUGUUUUACCUGUAGCCCUGGCUGGCUUCCAAUUCAUUUUUGGAUAUUCUUUUAACCCAACUUGUGUUUGAGUUUCUAUGUUCAGUUUAUGGCUUGCCUCCUAGAAUAAUCCAAAUGCUGGUGUUCGUGGCAAGUUAGACUUAUUUUGAGGUCACACUAUCAUGGUGCUUUGCUUUGUUAAUGCAUUUCACUUACAGUCUCAUGGAAGUCACUCAGGGAUUCGAAUAUGGUAGAAAUCCUUCUGACCAGAAGGAGGUGGCUUCAUUCAUUGAUAAAAUACCAUAGAUGUGUCUAAAGUGCCUCUUCCAUUUUACCUGUCUGAUGUAACCCCUUUGUCAUCAGUUAGUUACAUAGCCUUUCAAACUUGUCCUUUUACUUAAACCUACAGAAAUGUAUGUGUGUUUAUGGAUAUUUAUGUGUGUAGGAUGUGUGGGUGUGUUUAUAGACACACCUGUAUACAUUUGCGUGUGUGUCUGUCUGUAUUUGUGCCUGCCUCUAGCCCCUUUUACUUUAGAGAGGCUAUACUUGAGGCUGCGAUUAAGCAAGUGAAGUUCGAAGCCAGAAGAGCUUGCACAGGCUCUUCUUGAAUCAGUGCAGUAUGACGUUAUUCAAUUUGGAGUUCUUGUUAGAGUGAUAUGAAUGUCUGUUAUGAACGAGGAACAAGAAAACCGUUUCCAGCUGUGUGGCAACCCACACAACAAAUAUUGCAGAGAAUAUUUCCACAAGAGCUGUGCUUCAUCUCCGUCUCAGGCAAGGGGAGGAGGGGCAUUUGGGAACACGUGUUCAGCAUCUGUGAGCCUUUUGUUAGGUAGAAAACAAGGCAUGGGUGGAGGGAGGCCUAUCAGCCACUUUAAGAGCAGAGCAGAUAGGUGGAGUUAUUCAUUAUAGUUAGAUUUCAUUGUGGGAGUAUUAAGCGAGGGACCCCCCCUUAGAAGUCUGUAAUCAGCAGAUGAUAAGGAUAGUGUGUUCUUACUAAGGGAGUAAAACAGCUGAAACAGAAUUGCCUUUUGUUAAGGGGCUGCUUUGCCUUCUUGGACUAUGAUUUGUUGGGAGAAGGAUUAUUGUCAAGUCACAAAAAUGAGGCAUUCAUUCUGUACCCACUAUUUAUUGUAUUAAUGGUUCCACAGAGAACUGCCUGCUUUACUUUCUGAGUCGACACAGUGGUAUAAAGGUUCAAAGGCUAGGGCAAGAUGGCUGACUUUUCCAAAUUCAGCAGAAUCUGUUCUCUGGUCACUUUAUGUGAGACCCCGUGAAUCCAGUUUUAUGCAGCUGAAAUCUUGGAGCACUUCUGUGUCUUUAUGCUUGGCUGAGGACACUGAAAUAAAAAAACAAGCAAAUCAGCAAUCAAAAAAGGAUGAUCCCUGCUCUCAAGUAGCUCGUAUAUGGAGAGACAUGGAAAACAAUGACUGAGAUCUGGCAGACAGUGAUAAAUACUGUAAACCAUGGUUUACACGAAGAGCUUUCUGCAUGUCUGAGGAUGGAAAAGGUACACAGUUUCUCCUAGUAUGACCUCGAUCUGAUCAGCCACCACGAGAAUUUGACUCCCGAGUCCUGUGCCAUAGUGCUUGGGCCUGAUCACCGCCCACACUGUAGGGCUGCCAUGGCUGCUGCCUCUACUUCCACCCCUGUCAUUUCACAGCCCCAGUUCACAGCCAUGAACGAACCACAGUGCUUCUACAAUGAGUCCAUUGCCUUCUUUUACAACCGGAGUGGGAAGCAUCUUGCCACAGAGUGGAACACAGUCAGCAAGCUGGUGAUGGGACUUGGAAUCACUGUCUGUAUCUUCAUCAUGUUGGCCAACCUUCUGGUCAUGGUGGCAAUCUAUGUCAACCGCCGCUUCCAUUUUCCUAUUUAUUACUUGAUGGCUAAUCUGGCUGCUGCGGACUUCUUUGCUGGGUUGGCCUACUUCUACCUAAUGUUCAAUACGGGACCCAAUACUCGGAGACUGACCGUUAGCACGUGGCUCCUCCGUCAGGGCCUCAUUGACACCAGCCUGACAGCAUCUGUGGCCAACUUACUGGCCAUUGCAAUCGAGAGACACAUUACGGUUUUCCGCAUGCAGCUUCACACACGGAUGAGCAACCGGCGGGUGGUGGUGGUGAUCGUGGUCAUUUGGACUAUGGCCAUUGUUAUGGGGGCUAUACCCAGUGUGGGCUGGAACUGCAUUUGUGAUAUUGACAAUUGUUCCAACAUGGCACCCCUCUACAGUGACUCUUACUUAGUCUUCUGGGCCAUUUUCAACUUGGUGACCUUUGUUGUAAUGGUGGUUCUCUAUGCUCACAUCUUUGGCUAUGUUCGCCAGAGGACUAUGAGAAUGUCCCGGCAUAGUUCUGGACCCCGACGGAAUCGGGAUACCAUGAUGAGUCUUCUGAAGACUGUGGUCAUCGUGCUUGGUGCCUUUAUCAUCUGCUGGACUCCUGGAUUGGUUUUGUUACUGCUAGACGUGUGCUGCCCACAGUGUGAUGUUCUGGCCUAUGAGAAAUUUUUCCUACUCCUUGCGGAAUUCAACUCUGCCAUGAACCCCAUCAUCUACUCCUACCGUGACAAAGAGAUGAGCGCCACCUUCAGACAGAUCCUGUGCUGCCAGCGCAGCGAGAACCCCAGCGGCCCCACGGAAGGCUCAGACCGCUCAGCUUCCUCCCUCAACCACACCAUCUUGGCUGGAGUUCACAGCAAUGACCACUCUGUGGUUUAGAAAGGAAACGAAGACGAGGAGCCCGCCAUCCUCCGUGGAAGGAUGAACCAGCCUCCCCCUACCCAAUUGCCAGGGCAAGGUGGGGCGUGCGAGGAGAAAAAUAAACUCAUGUACUUAAACACUAACUAACCGAUGACAGUAUUUGUUCCUAGACCCCAUGAGACUUGAUAUGUAUUGAAAAUUACCUUAUGUGACAACCCUCAUCUUGAUCCCCACUCCUUCUGAAAGUAGAAAGUGGAGUUCUUGCAAUGGAUUUCAAGAAUAGACUCCGGAGUGUCCAUUUAGAUUACACUAACUAAAAAAGAUUUUGUGUGGUUUGGUGCAAGUCAGAAUAAAAUCUGACUAGUUGAAUCCACAACUUCAUUUACAUACAGGCUUCCCCCCCCCUUUUUUUUUUUACCUUUAAAGGAUACAUUUCACUUAAUAAACAUGUUUAUGCCUAUCAGCAUGUUUGUGAUGGAUAAAGACUAUAGACUGUUUAUAAACUACCAUAAUUCCAUAUUUUUCCUUAUGUAGGAAAACUGUAAAUUAGAAUUAUUUUGUUUAGAAAGCAUGCAUGUAAUGUAUGUAUGCAGUAUGCCUUACUUAAAAAGAUAAAAAGGAUACUAAUUUUAAAUCUUCUAGGAAAUAGAAGAACCUAGAUUUCAAAGCCAGUAUUCAUUUAGGUUAUGAAGCAAACAAUUGUUCUAAUCACAAUAUUAACUUUUUAGUAAAGUGUUCUAACAGGUGUAAGACAGGGAAUGUAAGUUUAUUACCAAAAGAAUAUGUAUUCCAAAAAAGUCAUAGAAGAUGAAGUGUUGUAAUAUUGUUCCCCCGGUAUUUAAAAUACCCAGGUACAUUCUAAUCACCAGUACAUCAGAGGAAAUUUUUUUGUAGCCUGUUUUUCUGAAUUAUGAAAUAAUAUACACUCAUUAUAGAAAACUUGAAAAAUGCAGAAAUGUAUAAAAAAGCAAAAAAGAUUACUGGUAAUCAUAACUCAGAAGUAACCACCUUUUAACAUCUCCCCCAUAUAUGUCUAUAUGUAUAUUAUAUACUUUUUAACAUAAUUGGGAUUAUACUGUAAACGGUUUUAUAACUAGAUUUUUUUCAUUGCCAAAUUGCCACAUUUUCCUAUGGCAUUAAAAAUUUUACAAAAACAUAAUUUUAAUGGCUAUAUUAUAUUCCAUUUAAUGGAUGCAACUCAGUUUAUUUAACCAUUCCCAUAUUGUUGACUAUUUUAGGUUAUUUUAAAUUUUUACUAUUAUAAAGUUGCAAAAAUUUUGUGUACAUACAACAUUGUAUAAUUGAUUAUUUACCUAGGAUGUAUUCCCAUGAAGGAUUUUUUUUUUUAAAUGUGAAAUGUCUGAUUACACUUUUACCUUCAUAAAAAGGGAUUUCCUGCUUUUGCACUGCAUGGGUGGCAGUUGUGAGGAAAACCAGUUAAAUUGCCUUUUAUAAAAGAAAUGCAGUGGUUACUUCAGUCAGGAGUGCCUUUUUAAUGUAACAAGAUGGUCUAGAAACAGUCAACUGUCAAAAUAACCAAGGCACCCUAAUAUAUCUAGCAAUUCCAAAUUUUGUUAGAGGGCCCAGUUAUCCAGCUAUUGGUAGCCACACCUGUAAUGCAGAAUUGAAGAAAAUGCAAAGAAAUCAAACAUGCCGAGUGAAUAAAUGAUUGUCAUUUUAAAUAGCUCUUGUAUAGCAAAUGGGUUGAGUGUGUCAGUACGUGCCUGGCUACUGUGUAUUGUCCAGGAAUCACCCUGAUAGACUGCCUCCAGGUUAGGUGAUACCUGUUUAGUACAUUGCCCAGGUAAAGUAGUAAUUGCAUCCGUUUGUUGUAAGAAGUAACGAGUGAAGUGACGCGGUCAUGAAGCAGGUUGGGGGAGGUCAGGAGAACGUCUAAGAGAAGGAAGUCCAGAAGAUGAAUGGCUGUCCAGGAAGGAGGAAGUCAGUGCAGGCUCAGUGUUUGAGCGGAAGGCAGACUUACAAAGUCCCCACAGUGAAAGGAAUGUGGGGGACCAGGUAGCAGCAAUGUGUUUGCACAUACUUUAUACAAAAUACAGAACGUUUUAUAUUGGAAGUCAAAGAAAUGAACUUGGACUUUUGCUCAUGUGCAUAUUUUUUUUGGAGGAGAUAUGGAUUAUUUGAAAUUAAAAGCAUACUAAUUGGACCUUAAUAAAUCCUUUGCAAUCAGUGUUUGG